GCGUAUCGGGUUAGGUUGUUAGAAAGUUAAUGGCUGGGGGAAAGAGAACCUCCUCAACCCUCGCUUCGGGAGAGUUUCUGGAUUCCCUGAAGUAAAAUCAAGCAAAUAUCUUCCAAGAAAGCGCCUGGACGGACGUCUAAGUUAACUACUAGCCCGUUAACACGCGUACCGUCAACAUAAGUAUGCAGGAUGCAGUAGCCGGGACGGCAAUGCUGACGGACGGCUUCGAGGACGAGAUUGACUCGGUGACUCCUCGCUCCCCAGUGGCAGGGAUGGGGGUAGGAGCGACACCAGGAGGAGUCGGACUUGGAGGAAUUGGGAUUGGUGUAGGUGGGAAGAAAGUGCGUUUGUACGGCGAACCCGGCGGAGCCGCAGCAGAAAGACUGGAUUUCAAACUAGCGGCCGCGGCCGUCCUCUCCUCGGGUCCGGGAUCCGGCAGCGACGAAGACGAGGUUUCCGAGGUGGAGUCGUUCAUUCUGGACCAGGAGGACCUGGAUAACCCCAUCAUGAAGACGGCCUCAGAGCUGCUUUUGUCCAGCGCCACAGACGGAGUGGAUUUGAGGACCGUAGAUCCAGAGACACAAGCCCGACUCGAAGCUCUGCUGGAAGCUGCAGGCAUCGGUAAACUGUCCACUGCCGAUGGCAAAGCUUUUGCAGACCCCGAGGUGCUGCGCCGGCUAACGUCGUCGGUGAGCUGCGCGCUGGACGAGGCCGCCGCCGCCCUGACCCGGAUGAGGGCCGAGAACACGCUCAACGCCGGCCAAGCCGACAAUCUGGUUGUUUUCAGCCGUAGUUUAGCAGAGGCGUGUUCGGACGGGGACGUCAACGCCGUACGCAAACUGUUGGACGAGGGGCGAAGCGUCAACGAGCACACGGAAGAGGGGGAAAGCCUCCUGUGCCUCGCCUGCUCCGCCGGCUACUACGAGCUCGCACAGGUUCUCCUGGCGAUGCACGCCAACGUGGAGGACCGGGGCAUCAAGGGGGACAUAACGCCGUUAAUGGCCGCCGCCAGCGGAGGCUACGUGGACAUCGUCAAACUGCUCCUGGUCCACGGCGCAGAUGUUAAUGCGCAGUCCUCCACAGGCAACACGGCGCUGACCUACGCGUGCGCCGGCGGCUUCGUGGACGUGGUGAAGGUGCUGCUGAAAGAGGGCGCCAACAUCGAGGACCACAACGAGAACGGACACACGCCUCUGAUGGAGGCAGCCAGCGCGGGCCACGUGGAGGUGGCCCGGGUUCUCCUGGAGUACGGCGCCGGCAUCAACACACACUCCAACGAGUUCAAGGAGAGCGCGCUCACCCUCGCCUGCUACAAAGGUCACCUGGACAUGGUUCGCUUUCUGCUGGAGGCCGGAGCAGACCAGGAGCAUAAGACAGACGAGAUGCACACGGCGCUGAUGGAGGCCUGCAUGUCCCAGGACGGCCAUGUGGAGGUGGCGCGGCUGCUGUUGGACAGCGGCGCUCAGGUCAACAUGCCGGCUGACUCCUUCGAGUCGCCCCUCACCCUCGCAGCCUGUGGAGGACACGUGGAGCUGGCAGCGUUGCUCAUAGAGCGAGGCGCCAAUUUGGAGGAGGUCAACGACGAGGGCUACACACCGCUGAUGGAGGCAGCAAGAGAAGGACACGAGGAGAUGGUAGCGCUGCUGCUGGCCCAAGGUGCUAACAUCAAUGCCCAGACAGAGGAGACCCAGGAGACGGCGUUGACUCUAGCCUGCUGCGGGGGCUUUCUGGAAGUGGCCGACUUCCUCAUCAAAGCGGGCGCCGACAUCGAGCUGGGCUGCUCCACGCCUCUGAUGGAGGCCGCACAGGAGGGCCAUCUGGAGUUGGUGAAGUACCUCCUGGCUGCAGGAGCGAACGUUCAUGCCACCACAGCGACCGGAGACACGGCGUUAACGUACGCGUGCGAGAACGGCCACACCGACGUGGCGGACGUGUUGCUUCAGGCUGGAGCCAAUCUGGAACACGAGUCUGAAGGGGGGCGGACGCCUCUGAUGAAGGCAGCGAGGGCGGGACAUCUGUGUACAGUGCAGUUCCUUAUCAGCAAAGGUGCUAAUGUGAACAGAGCCACAGCCAACAACGAUCACACCGUGGUGUCCCUGGCCUGCGCUGGCGGGCAUCUGGCCGUGGUGGAGCUGCUGCUGGCGCACGGAGCGGAUCCCACACACAGACUCAAAGAUGGUUCGACCAUGUUGAUCGAAGCUGCUAAAGGUGGCCACACUAACGUGGUGUCCUACCUGUUGGACUACCCCAACAACAUUCUGUCUGUCCCAGCCCCAGACCUUUCUCAGCUCACGCCCCCAUCACAAGAUGCUUCUCAGGUUCCUCGCGUCCCAUUCCAAGCUCUCCCUAUGGUUGUGCCCCCUCAAGAGCCCGACAGAGCCCCAUCGAGCAUUACUACACCCCCGCCCGUCUCCAGCAAAGCAGCCGUGUCCAAACAGAGGCAAGCGGCGCUUCAGCCAGGUGUCCCCUGUGCAGUCGGCCGCGGGCCUGAAGCAGAACCUUUGCCGCCCUUCCACCUGUGUCCGCCGUUGGAGUGCAUCGUGGAGGAAACAGAGGGAAAGCUGAACGAACUGGGCCAGAGAAUAAGCGCCAUCGAGAAGGCUCAGCUACAGUCGCUGGAACUCAUUCAGGGGGAGCCGCUCACCAAAGACAAGAUAGAGGAGCUAAAGAAAAGCAGAGAAGAACAGGUGCAGAAGAAGAAGAAAAUCUUGAAGGAGCUUCAGAAGGUGGAGCGCCAGCUGCAGCUAAAAACACAGCAACAGUUCACCAAAGAGUACAUGGAGGCAAAGGGCUUGAAAGAAGAUCAGGAGGCAGGACAGAGUCAGGGUCCGGGCCCGGGGCCUGGGAGUACGACAGCCGCUCCGGGACCCCUUCCCACCCCACCAGGUGCUCAGCUACCCACCGGCUCUGACACAGACGAGGAGGCCAACAAAGAUGGGGAACAGGAGCAGCCGCCAGGGGAGGAGGGGGAGGAGGAUGAAGAGGAUGACGACGAAGACGAGGGCUCAGAAGAUGACGCGGACGUAGAGGACGACGAGUACCCCAAGCUCCCUCAGGUGGGCACCAUCCUCUACAGGGAUGGGCCUCAGCUGCCACAGCAGCCGCCUCUUCCUCCGUCGCCCCAGACCCAACCUCAGCCGCCGCCCCUGCCUCUUCAGCCCAACUUCAUCCCCAUCCAGCCCCUGCCGGACUACAACCCAGCAGACUACCCAGGAAGCACCAGCCCCGAGCUGCAGAGGAUGCUGGAGGGGCAGCAGAUGCUGGGGCAGCAGCAGCAGCAAGGUCAGGGUCAACAGCUGGCUGCUUUAGGCCCGGGAAUGAUCCCUCAGCCAGCUCCAGACGGGCUCAUGGUGGCCACGCCUGCACAGACGCUCACAGACACACUGGAUGACAUCAUGAUAGCUGUGACCAGCCGCGUGCCCAUGCUAACCACUGCAACUUCACCCCCGCCCCUGUCCCAGCCGCCCACGCAGACCAACCCCAACAUCGCCUCCCCCCCUUCGGUCCUGCCCCUCUACCCUUCGGUUGACAUCGACGCACAUACGGAGAGCAACCACGAUACGGCGCUGACGCUAGCAUGUGCUGGUGGACACGAGGAGCUGGUGUCUGUCCUGAUCGCACGGGGAGCCAACAUUGAGCACCGGGAUAAGAAAGGUUUUACUCCUUUGAUCCUCGCUGCCACUGCUGGCCAUGUAGGAGUGGUUGAGGUCCUCCUCGACAAAGGUGGAGACAUUGAGGCGCAGUCAGAGAGAACCAAAGACACGCCCCUCUCCUUGGCAUGUUCAGGGGGCCGCCAGGAGGUUGUGGAGUUGCUGCUGCUGCGGGGAGCCAACAAGGAGCACCGCAACGUUUCCGACUACACGCCUCUUAGCUUGGCAGCUUCUGGGGGUUACGUCAAUAUCAUCAAGAUCCUCCUCAACGCUGGUGCUGAGAUCAACUCCAGGACCGGCAGUAAGCUGGGAAUCUCUCCUCUGAUGCUCGCUGCUAUGAACGGUCACGUGCCGGCAGUGAAGCUCCUGUUGGACAUGGGCUCAGACAUCAACGCCCAGAUCGAAACCAACAGAAACACCGCUCUGACCUUAGCCUGCUUCCAGGGCCGGGCUGAAGUCGUCAGUCUGCUGCUAGAUCGCAAGGCCAACGUGGAGCACCGCGCCAAGACUGGACUCACGCCGUUGAUGGAGGCGGCCUCAGGGGGUUACGCAGAGGUGGGCCGAGUCCUGCUGGAUAAAGGCGCUGAUGUCAACGCUCCUCCUGUCCCCUCAUCACGAGACACUGCCCUCACCAUUGCCGCCGACAAGGGCCACUACAAGUUCUGUGAGCUCCUUAUAAACAGGGGCGCUCACAUCGACGUACGGAACAAGAAAGGGAACACUCCCCUCUGGCUGGCAGCAAACGGCGGCCACUUCGACGUGGUUCAGCUCCUCGUGCACGCCAGCGCUGACGUGGAUGCCGCGGACAACCGUAAAAUCACGCCUCUCAUGGCGGCUUUUCGCAAGGGUCACGUGAAGGUGGUGCAGUAUCUUGUGAAGGAGGUCAACCAGUUUCCCUCAGACAUCGAGUGCAUGAGAUAUAUCGCCACCAUCGCUGACAAGGAGCUGUUGAAGAAGUGUCACCAGUGCAUGGAGACCAUCGUCAAAGCAAAAGACCAGCAGGCAGCAGAGGCCAACAAGAACGCCAGCAUCCUCCUCAAGGAGCUGGACUUAGAGAAGUCACGGGAGGAGAGCAAGAAGCAGGCGCUGGCUGCCAAGAGGGAGAAGAGGAAGGAGAAGCGCAAGAAGAAGAAGGAGGAGCAAAAGAGGAAGCAGGAGGAAGAGGAAGGGCAGAAAACCAAGGAGGAGUCCUCUGAGAUGCAGGAGCAGAAGGAGGAUUCAGCAGAAGAAAAAGAGGUUCCCAUCGAGCCUCCAAGUGCGACCACCACCACCACCAUUGGCAUCUCUGCCACCUCCACCACUUUCUCCGCUGCGUUCGGUAAGAAGCGAGCGAGCGUGGCCACCACCCCAAACACCAACCGUAAGAACAAAAAGAACAAGACCAAGGAUUCGGCGCCCAACGAGCCAAUCAUAUUGCAGGAUCCGCAGGUUGCACUUGCACAGCACAAGGCUGACAAGAACAAGAUCCACGGUGAGCCACGGGGUGGGGGCGGGGGAGUCACAGGUGGCAACAGCGAUUCAGACCCCCUGGAUAGCACCGACUGCGCCAGUGAGAGCAGCAGCAGUGGGGGCAAGAGUCAGGAGCUCAACUACCUCCCUGACCUCACCUCAUCCGCCUCCUCCUCCUCCUCUUCUUCCUCCUCUUCCUCCUCCUUCUCAGCCCCCUCCUCAGGAGCCACCCAGUCCCAGGCCCUCAUGCCCGGCCCUGAGAAGAGACACUGUCCUCAGCCGCCGACCGACGCCAAAGUGGACAAUAAGGUCACGGUCUCCAUCUCCAAGCCGACGCAAAAAGCUCCGGAUGUGAGCGGCGACUCCUCCAACUCCCUGCCUUCCCCGUUUAAGACCAUGACUCUUCCGGUGUCCUCCCCCAACAGUAAGCUCAGCCUCACGAGUCCGAAGAGAGGCCAGAAACGAGAAGAAGGCUGGAAAGAGGUGGUCAGAAGAUCCAAGAAGCUGUCUGUACCGGCCUCGGUUGUGUCCCGGAUCAUGGGGCGGGGCGGCUGCAACAUCACGGCCAUCCAGGACGUGACGGGGGCUCACAUUGAUGUGGACAAACAGAAGGACAAAAACGGAGAGAGGAUGAUCACCAUCAGAGGCGGCACAGAGUCCACGAGGUAUGCUGUCCAGUUGAUCAACGCUCUAAUCCAGGACCCGGCCAAAGAGCUCGAGGACCUGAUUCCCAGGAAUCACAUCAGAACCCCGGCCUCCAAAGGGCUCUCUUUCCCCAGCAACGCGGGGACCACAGCCGCCGGCCCCAAGCCUCUGAGCUCCCUGGUCACGUCUUCAGGGGUUUCGUUCCAACCCUCCUCGUCCACGUCUUCGUCCUCCUCUCAGGCCGGAGGAAAAAUCGGGAAGGGGCUUCCCUCGAACGUGCGGCAGCCCUUCCCGGUGUCCCUGCCGCUGGCGUACGCCCACCCUCAGCUGGCUCUGCUGGCCGCCCAGACCAUGCACCAGAUCCGACACCCCCGUCUGCCCAUGGCACAGUUCGGGGGCACGUUCUCUCCCGCCGCCAGCACCUGGGGGCCCUUCCCCGUGCGUCCCGUGAGUCCCGGCAGCGCUAACAGCUCCCCGAAACACAACGGCGGCGCCAACAGCGCCGGGGCCCAAGCCAAAACCGCCUCGGUCCACGGGGAGCACAGCAGCGCGGCCAGCUCAGGAACGCCCGUCAUGACCACCAACACCAUGACAACCAGCGCGCCCAACACGUCCGCGGCCGCCUCCUCGCCUCACACCCCCAACCCGACUCCCUACAAUCCCCAGCCGAGCAUCCCCACCCCGUCGUCCGUCAGGAAGCAGCUCUUUGCGCCUGAGCCCAAGCCGGCGGGCGUGACGCCCGUGUCCAACGCGGCCGCCACUAGCGUCAGCAGCGCGGUCAGAGGGACGGGCUCCCCCGCGCACCCCACCUCCACUACAACCACGGCUAACGCCCCCCAGCAGCAGGUCGGACCCAUUUCUCAGCCUCCGAUCCAGCCGGCUAAGAUGGAGCCCGCUCCGGUCGCCGCCGCCGCCGGCAAAGAGAAGCCGUCUGUGGCCGAGAAUCAGCCGGCGUCCGCCAGCGACGGCAUCAACAACGCGGGCUUCGCUGCUCCUGCUCUAGCUUUAGGUACCAAGGCGGAACCUCGGCAGCAGUUGCCUCCCCCCGCGUCCUCUGUGCCCUCCUCAGAGGCUCACCAGGCCCUCCACAGCUCGCAGCCCAGCUCCUGCCUCCCCCCGGGAGCGUCUCCUGCUCACUCGCACAACGUUGCACAUCCCAACAACACUGUUCCCCACUUCUCAGCGCCCGCACCCAGAGUCUCCCACCGUAUGCAGCCACCGGGGCCUUACUACUCCCUCCCUGAGCAGCAGCAGCAGUCGCAGCAGCAGCAGCAGUCUGUGUUUGUACCGUUCAACCCUCAGCAGGAACUACCAAAACAAUCCCAAAGCCAGACCUCCCAGGCUGGAAACCUAGCCCAGCAGGCCCAGAGCCAAGGCCAGGCGCCGGGCUCCCUUCAGGUCUCCGCCAAUCUGGGCAUGAUGAACGGCUCCCAGAUGCAGCACAUGGCCAGCGGCGGGAAGCCCCAGCAGAUGCCCCCCAACUUCGGCCCCGCGGGUCUCUUCAAUUUCAGCAGCAUCUUCGACAACAACAGCCAGCAGGUGGGAAACAACCAGGUGUGGGGGGCUUGCCACCUGCCUACACGGUCACCUCCAGAGCAGUCGUAUUCGGCCCCGCCGGCCUACAUGAGCAUGGGUCAGAUGGAGAAUAUGAUGGCACAGCCCCCCCCAGAGAGCUCCAAGGCCCCGGGCUACCGGUCCGCCUCCCAGAGGAUGGUCAACAGCCCCAUCGCAUUGACCAGCUUUGCCACCAGCAUCUCUGGCAGCCCUGUGUAUCUGCACGGUCACACAGGCGUGGGCACGCCCUCCUUCAGCCGACAGCACUUUUCCCCUCACCCAUGGAGUGCAUCCACAUCAGGUGAAUCCCCUGUCCAGCCUCCUCCCACAGUAUCCUCGUCUGCCCUGUCCACCUCCGCCGUGGCUCCUCCUCCCCAGCCCAAACCGGGCAGCUCCUCGCAGCAGGACAGAAAGGUUCCCCCUCCCAUCGGCACGGAGCGGCUGGCCAGGAUCAGGCAGACGGGUUCGGUCAACCCGCCUCUACUCACCACCAGCUACACGGCCUCUGUUGGACAGGGCGGGAUCUGGUCGUUCGGAGUCGGGAGCGCCUCGGAAGCCAUGUCUGGGUGGUCCCAGCCGCUGAUGAACAGCCACAUGAUGCACCCUCAGCUGCAGGCGGAGCAGUCGGCCUUCUCCCAGCACCAGCCCAUGGAGCAGGACGACACGGGCAUCGCUAACCCGGCCAACAGCUACCACCAGCCUCAGCAUUUGCCCAACAGCUACAUGGACUUCCAAAAGGGGAUGCCUGUGUCAAUGUACGGUGGAACCAUGCUGACCCCCCACCCGCCCAUGGCCGAAGGCCCGGGGGGUCCGAUGUACAACGGCUUGCACGCAGGCGACCCCGCAUGGAACCCGAUCAUAAAAGUGGUCCCUAACAACGCAGACAGCUCCGACCCACAGCAGCAGGUUUGGCCCGGUACCUGGGCCCCUCAUGUGGGCAACGUGCACCUGAACCACGUCAACUAGGCGGCAUUCACAGAAGUUAACUGCACACAGCAUGACCCACUGUGCAAACAUGUGAUACCAUAAGACAGACCGAGACAAAGGAAAAAAAGUCCUAACAUCGUAACUUUAGAGGCCGGAAGGUGCAGAGCGGGGGGGGGUUGAAGAAUCGGAAGUUCUCUCGACGCCAUUCUUUGAUGUGCCUAUCUCAAAACACGGAAGAGAGGAAAGCGGGCGACAGCUGUUAUCAUUGUCGUGACGAAGCAAACACAAACAUGCGCAUUCACCUGUUCAACAGGAUCUAUUCUCUGCGUAGUUUAGCGAUUUUGACUUAAACCCACAUACACCGUUAUUGGGCUACAGGGGGCUCAACAUGACUUAGCUAUUUAAACUUGGCCCAGAACUAGAUGAUGAUGAUGAUUAACUAAAGAGAAAUCAGAACCUUUUAGAGUGGUAAAUACAUGUAUAAUUGUUUACAUACUAAAAAGGGUUAAAAUGAGAGUAAAUUUCAUGUCGUAUAGUGGCUCUACUUUAUGUAGCCUGUAUUAAUGUGAAAUAUUUACCUUAAUAUUCAAUAAAAAGAUUGAAAAGUA